AUGGGCCAGGUGUCUGACAAUGCGGCCAUGGGCCAUGUGUCUAAGGAGAUGCAGCCAGUGGCCUUGCGGAGCAUCAAAAAGGUCGUCAGGACAUCCACACCACUGGAGAGAGAAAUCGAAUGCAUCGAAGGUCUUCGCCAAUUCUCGCAGAAGCCCCCGGUGGAAGUCUCAGGCCGCGUGUCUGUGUUGACGCCCACCACUGCGUCACGUGCACGUUUCCAUGAGCAGCUCUGGCAGUGUUUCGUUGAUCAGACCUGGCCAGACAAGGAGUUGGUGGUGGUGGAAACUUACACCCACAACCAACGACCCUCCGAAGUCUUCACCAAACUCGUCAAGGCAGGGGAGAAGAGACUCAAAUAUUUGGCUAUUGAGGUGGAUGAAAACGGUGACUUCACGGUGGGCGCCAAGAGAAAUUUGACCGUGCUCAUGUCCAGUGGACAGUACUGCGUUCACUUUGAUGACGAUGACUUGUACGCAACGGUCUAUGUGGAGCGUAUGGUGAGCGAGAUCAGACAAAGAAGUUUGGUCGCACUGACGCUCUCCGCAUGGCACAACUUCUUCGAGUCCAGAGAUCGGUGUGGAUAUUCCACCCCAGGAUGCUGGGAGCCAGAGGAUCAUGAAGAGUACGAGGGCAUCCUCUAUGGCUAUGGUUUUAGCUAUGUUUACCUCCGGGCAUUAGCGCUUUAUUUUCCAUACCCCAACUUAGCCUUUGCCGAGGAUGCGCCCUUCAUGUUGAAGCUUCGAGAGAAGAUGGGUGCCAGCCGUGUUGGGCUCAAAGAAGAUGUGGAGGGCCUUUGCCUUCACAUAGUCCAUUCCACAAGCAGCACGCCUGACCCGGCCGUUGAGACAAUGCUCACGGAGGGAGAAUUGAAUGGCUUAGUGGUGUCGGAGUCAACGGCAUGUCGAUUGCACCUGCAGCGGCCGUGGUUUCGGUCACUCUGGACAUCUUGUUGA